AUAAUAUUGAUAAUAAUAUUUUUAAUUUUUCUUGACCUUUGCAAACAUUUGUCGUCCAUCGUAAUUAUUUUAGAGUUUUAUGGUAAAAAAUAAAUAUAUUCACUCUCAUUUAAUUAUUAAAUAUGAAUACUACUUACACUAAAAUAUUUAUAAUAUUAGUAGUCAGUAGAUAUUAAUAAUAUAAAAUAGGUUGAAUUAUGUAUAUUAUUUAAACUGUAUUUGUGUAAACAUUUUAAGCCACUUGCGCACUUCCUGAUCUUGUUUGUAUUAUACAUUUAUAACUAUAAAAUUAAUUUAUAAAAUCGAUAGGUGACCUCUGAAAAUGGAAACAGAUAAUCAAAAUGUUCAGAAAACUCAAUUUUGCAGUUAUAUGCCGGAGCGAGUGCAUACUGAAGGAAGACGAAAACUUAUGUCUUGGUUGAAUCAACAAAUGAAAGUUAAUUUAAUAGAUGGCCGCAUUUUGGUAGGAACAUUUGUUUGUACUGAUAAAGAUGCUCAUAUUAUACUAAGUACAUGUUAUGAAUACUUUAACGAAAAAGAUUUAGAUACUGGAGAAUUUCGACUUUUAGGCUUAGUAAUGAUACCUGGGCGACACAUCGUUUCAAUUCAUACAGAUGUACAGCAAACAAAUGAACAACAUAUAAGUUCAUCAAACUUUGAAGAAACAUGAUAGUACCUACCAAAUAAUUGCAAUUAUAAUGUAAUCAUUGUGCACAUAUUUAUCUUCAUUGUUAAUAUUUAAUACAAUUGAUUAAUAUACAAUACAAGAGUCCUAAAAUAUUAACAAAUUUUGAAGUUAGGUUAGGGAAAGAAAAUUACAAAUGCAAAAACUUCAUGUAAUAGAUCAUCAUGUAAUGAAUCUUUUAUUCUAUUUUAUAAUCAAUAGAAAUACAAUAAUUUCUGCUUAUUUGAAUACUGAUUUAUUGAACCAACCGUUUGUUAAAUUGACCUUUUACUAGAAAUAAUAAUCACUGUUAACGGUAUACUUGAUUUACUUUUAUAGCUUUAAAUGGCCAGAACUGAUUUUAAUCAUAACAUGCUAACUUUAAACUUUGACACUCGAAUACACAAUCAACAAAUAAUAUAUUCAUAAAAUUCUUUA